UAACAGUGACACUCCUCUUCUGUGGACGAGCUCAUACGGACUCACUCAGGAUUGCUCAUCCUUCAUUUACACCAUCUCUCUCUCUCUCUCUCUCUCUCUCUCUCUCUCUCUCUCUGCCUGAGAUGACAUUUUAGUUUUAAACACAGAAGGACUAAAUUCCCUGCACAAUGACGGUGGAUUUUGAAGACUGCCUUAAAGACUCACCUCGCUUUAGGGCGAACGUCGAUGAAGUGGAGACCGAGGUGGUGGAGAUCGAGGCGAAGCUAGACAAGUUGGUGAAGUUAUGCAGCGGGAUGAUUGAAGCUGGGAAGGCGUAUGUCAGCGCAAACAAGUUUUUCGUCAACGGUAUCCGAGACUUAUCUCAGCAGUGCAAGAAGGAUGAAACGAUAUCAGAAUGUCUGGGGAAGUGUGGCGAGAGUCUGCAGGAGAUCGUGAACUACCACAUGAUCCUGUUCGACCAGGCGCAGAGGUCUGUGAAGCAGCAGCUGCACAAUUUUGUCAAAGAAGAUGUGCGAAAGUUCAAGGAAACAAAAAAGCACUUUGAUAAGGUGCGUGAAGACCUGGAGAUCGCUCAGGUGAAGAACGCUCAGGCGCCGAAGAACAAGCCGCACGAGGUGGAGGAGGCCACCGGCACCCUCAACAUCACUCGCAAGUGCUACCGCCAUCUAGCACUGGACUACGUUCUGCAGAUCAACGUCCUUCAGGCCAAGAAGAAAUUUGAGAUCCUAGAUGCAAUGCUGUCAUUCAUGCACGCCCAGUACUCGCUCUUUCAGCAGGGCUUCAAUCUGCUAGAUGAGCUCGACCCUUACAUGAAGAAGCUGGCAGCAGAGCUGGACCAGCUGGUGAUCGACUCGGCGAUGGAGAAAAGAGACAUGGAGCACAAACACGCUACGAUACAACAGCGGACUCUUCUACAGGACUUUGCCUACGAUGACCCGAAGGUGGAGUUCAAUGUUGACGCCCCCAACGGAGUUGUGAUGGAGGGCUACCUGUUCAAACGAGCCAGCAACGCCUUCAAAACGUGGAACAGGCGGUGGUUCUCCAUCCAGAACAGUCAGCUGGUCUAUCAGAAAAAGCUGAAGGACUCACUGACUGUGGUGGUCGAGGACCUGAGACUGUGUUCGGUUAAACCCUGUGAGGACAUCGAGAGGAGGUUCUGCUUCGAAGUGGUGUCUCCUUCGAAGAGCUGUAUGCUGCAGGCUGAAUCAGAGAAGCUCCGACAGGCCUGGAUCCAGGCAGUGCAAGCCAGCAUCGCCUCGGCCUACAGAGAGAGUCCAGACAGCUACUACACUGAGCGUCUCGACCGGACGGCGUCUCCCUCCACCAGCAGCAUCGACUCGGCCAGUGAGCCACGAGAGCGCAGCGCGAGAGCCGAGAGCGUGCUGCAGAGGGUGCAGUGCGUGCCGGGCAACGAGGCGUGCUGCGACUGCGGCCAGGCUGAUCCACGCUGGGCCAGCAUCAACCUGGGCAUCCUGCUGUGCAUCGAGUGCUCCGGCAUACACAGGAGUUUGGGGGUGCACUGCUCCAAAGUCCGCUCUCUCACCCUGGACUCGUGGGAACCUGAGCUGCUAAAGUUGAUGUGUGAGCUGGGAAACAGUGUUAUAAACCACAUCUACGAGGGCACGUGCGAGGAGCAGGGCACAAAGAAGCCGGGAGCCAACAGCCCCAGGCAAGAGAAGGAAGCGUGGAUUCGAGCCAAGUACGUGGAAAAGAAGUUCCUGAAGAAGAUGGCGACAGCAGAAGCCCUGGCGAACAGCGAGAGAAAAUCAGAGAGGCGGUGGGCUGCAAAAAAGUGCCGACGCCACAACAGCGCCAUUACCGUCCCCAAACACCGGCGGAAAUACAGACAGGAUCCCGGUUCGGGGUCCCUCUGCUCAGCCACCAGCGUUUUGGAGAGGAAGUUCCGGCGAGAUUCGCUCUUCUGUCCCGACGAACUGGACUCGCUGUUCUCCUACUUUGACAACAGCUCAGGGCCUCGCAGUCCUGCAGGUCUCAGCAGCGACAGCGGUCUGGGAGGCAGCAGUGACGGCAGCACCGACGUCCUUCUGUUCGGCUCGGUGGUAGACAGCGUCACAGAGGAGGAGUGUGAAGUGUCGGAAGACUCGAGCGGUGAAGUGGAGCUGGAGCCGGAGGCAUCAGACCCGGAGGAUGUACGUGAGCUGCAUCCCGGCGCACUGCUCUAUAAAUCCUGUCAGGCCCGUAAUCUGCCCGUCAUGGCCGAAGCGCUGGCUCACGGCGCUGAUGUCAACUCCGUCAACGAGGAGGACGAGGGCAAGAGCCCGCUCAUACAGGCCGUGAUCGGCGGUUCUUUAAUAGCGUGUGAGUUUCUGCUACAAAACGGUGCAGACGUCAACCAAAGAGACCUGAAAGGAAGGGGGCCGUUACACCACGCUACGUAUUUAGGACACACAGGGCAGGUGUGUUUGUUCCUGAAACGAGGAGCCACACAGAACGACGGCGACGAUGACGGUCAGGAUCCUCUCAGUAUAGCGGUGCAGGCCGCCAACGCCGACAUCGUCACUCUGCUGCGUCUGGCUCGGAUGAACGAGGAGAUGAGGGAGUCGGAGGGGCCGCUGGGACAACCAGGAGACACCACGUAUCUGGACAUCUUCAGAGAGUUUUCCCACAUGGCGUCUCAUAACCCAGAGAAGCUGAAGCGUAGGAGUAUUCACUUUCGACACUCCUUCAGAGUUUGAUGGACAUUUGCCGGUGCACCUGAAAAAAAAAAGAAGGACACGAGUGGUGAAGAUACCAGAGAACGAAUCUAAACGAAUCGAUUCCAAGCACAUUCCUAUGAACGUUUGAAAUGUGCAAAAGUUUCUUUCCAGAAAUGUUGUUUAUAAGCUUUAAUGACUUUAUGGGGAUCAGCUGGACUUAUCCUCCAUUUUCUUUAGCUUAUUUUUAAUUUUACCUACAUUUUGUUUUUUCCUAUUUUGUAUUUUAGUCUUUCAGAGAUUAGUGGAUAUUAAAGCUCGCAUCACUACACUUAAUAUACAGGAUAGGAUUUCUUCACUAGUUCAUGGCUGUAUGUGUACAAAAAAAAGGAAGUAGAAGAAACGUACUAUAAGCAUUUCUUAUAUUUACUUCCUCAUGAUGUCCAUGUAAUGAAUCCUAAUUGGCAGUAUGAUGUAUUUGGGACUUAGUGUGAUGUUGAGUGAUGUUGAGUGAUGUUGAGUGAUGACUAUGCUGGUGUAGUCUUACGUUCGUCCUCAUCUUGAUUCUGUACAGUGGCCAUAAAGCAUUGCAGACUCAAUGGCAGAUGUUGUACAUGUACAGCACUUUUUAGAUGCAAAAUUCUAAAAUAUCAUAAACCUCAUUGUAUUUUGUAACAAAAAAAAUAAAACUCGAAAAUCUCUC